AUGGCGAACGAGGGCGAACGGUCAACCUCCGCCGACAAGGGCAAGGGCAAGGUUGAUGAUGUUCGCGAGCUGAACGGCAAGAAGCCUCAAAAGGACGAGAAGGCCCCUGCUGAGGGGAAGAAGAAGGAUGAGGAGCCCAAAGAAGAUGAGCUCAGCGAGGAGGACCAACAAUUGAAGGAAGAGCUUGAGAUGCUUGUUGAGCGGUUAAAGGAGCCGGACACCUCCCUCUACGGACCUGCCUUGGACGCAAUCAAGAACUUCAUCAAGACCUCUACAUCUUCUAUGACCGCCGUUCCGAAGCCUCUCAAAUUCCUCCGUCCGCAUUACGAUGAACUCGCAGAGCUGUACGAGAAGUGGACAGCGGGAUCUGUCAAGGACUCGCUGGCUGAUACGCUAUCCGUGCUCGGUAUGACCUACGGUGAUGAGGAGAAGUUGGAAACACUCAAGUACCGCCUGUUGGCCAAGUCCGAGGACCUUGGCUCAUGGGGUCACGAAUAUAUUCGACACCUGGCGCUGGAGAUCGGACAGGAAUAUCAGAACCGGCUGAAUUCAGACAAGGACACUCAGGAUUUGGUGGAUCUUGUACUCUCGCUGGUACCCUACUUCUUGAGUCAUAACGCCGAGGCCGAUGCCGUGGAUCUGCUGAGCGAGAUGGAAAUUAUUGAGGAAAUCCCGCGAUUUGUCGACGAAAACACAUAUGCCCGUGUCUGCUUGUAUAUGGUCAGUAUGGUCAACCUCCUGACCUACCCUGAGGACCAGCAAUUCCUCCGAACAGCCCACGAGAUCUAUGUCCGCUACAACAAACUGUCGCAAGCUAUUGUGCUCGCUAUCCGACUGAAUGACAUCGACCUCAUCAAAAGCGACAUAAAUGCUACUGAUGACAAGGCUCUGAAGAAGCAGAUGGCAUUCCUGGUCUCCCGUCAACAGAUCUGGCUUGAUUUGCCUGCCGAGGACGAGGAGGGCGAGGCUCUUAAUGAUUGCUUGAACAACACCUCUAUCCCGAAGCACUUCAAGUCCCUCGGAAAAGAGCUUAACAUCUUGGACCCGAAGAUGCCCGAAGACAUUUACAAGACACAUCUCGAGAGCAGCCGCGGUGCCGGUCUCACCAACCUCGAUUCAGCACGACACAACUUAGCCAGCGCUUUCGUCAACUCGUUCGCUAAUGCCGGAUUUGGUAAUGAUAAGAUGAUGCUUGUUGAAGGAGAGAAGGGGCCAUGGGUGUGGAAGACCAAGGACGAUGGCAUGCUCUCGACCACUGCGUCCUUGGGUAUGCUGUUACACCGGGAUGUUGAGGAUGGACUGGACAAGAUCGAUAAGUUCACAUACGCGCAGGAGGACCAGGUCAAAGCCGGUGCUUUGCUCGCCAUCGGUAUUUUGAACUCCGGUGUCCGUCUCGACUCCGAUCCCGCCCUUGCUCUCUUGAGUGAUCCGGACAACCUUGAGGCAAAGAAUGUGCCGAUGCGGGUUGCUUCCAUCAUGGGUCUUGGUCUGGCAUAUGCCGGCUCUAACAAGGAAGAGCUACUCGAGAUUCUGCUUCCAAUUGUGGAAGAUACCUCGCUGGACAUGCAGCUUUCUGCCAUGGCAGCAGUUUCAUUGGGUCUCAUUUUCGUCGGAUCGUCAAAUCAUCAGGUCAGCGAGGCCAUUGCCACCACGCUGAUGGACGAGGAGCGUCAGAAGCAGCUUAAGGACAAGUGGACUCGGUUUAUGGCCCUGGGUCUGGCCCUGCUCUACUUCGGUCGGCAGGAGGAAGUUGAUGUUAUCCUCGACAUCCUCAAGGCUGUUGAUCACCCGAUGGCCAAGCCCACUUCCGUCCUUGCCUCUGUUUGCGCCUGGGCGGGCACUGGAACCGUUCUCAAGUUGCAGGAGCUUCUUCACAUCUGCAAUGACAUCAUUGAGGAGAAGGAAGAGAACAAGGGCGAUGAGCUUGUUCAAUCUUACGCUGUGCUGGGUCUUUCACUUAUCGCCAUGGGUGAGGAUGUUGGCCAAGACAUGAUUCUCCGCCAGUUCGGCCACCUCAUGCACUACGGCUCCAGCAACAUCCGUCGGGCCGUGCCCCUCGCGAUGGGUCUUGUCAGCCCCAGUAACCCCCAGAUGAAGGUUUACGAUACCCUGUCUCGGUACAGUCACGACAAUGACAACGAUGUUGCUAUUAACGCCAUCUUCGCCAUGGGUCUCUGCGGUGCUGGUACCAACAACGCCCGUCUGGCUCAGCUCCUGCGGCAGUUGGCUAGCUACUACCACCGCGACCAGAACUCCUUGUUCAUGGUGCGCAUCGCUCAGGGUCUCCUGCACAUGGGCAAGGGUACGAUGACACUCAACCCCUUCCACACCGACCGACAGGUUCUCUCGCGGGUUUCGGCCGCCGGCCUUCUGACUGUCCUGGUGUCUCUGAUUGACGCCAAGCAAUUCAUCCUUGCCGAACACCACUACCUGCUCUACUUCCUCAUCACCGCCAUGUUCCCUCGCUUCCUCGUCACCCUCGAUGAAGACCUGCAACCCCUCAGCGUUAAUGUUCGGGUUGGUCAGGCCGUGGACGUCGUUGGUCAGGCCGGUCGUCCCAAGACCAUCACCGGUUGGCAGACCCAGAGCACACCAGUGCUCCUGUCUUAUGGCGAGAGGGCUGAGCUGGAGGAUGAACAGUAUCUCCCUCUCAGUGGCAUCCUGGAGGGCUUGGUUAUUCUGCGCAAGAACCCCGACUGGGUAGCCCCAGAAUAA